UUUUUUUUUUUUUUAUCCCCGUCUGAGGGGCGGAGUGAUCUCCACCGUAGAGUGAUGGGGUCCGGGAGAUGAGACAGAAAAGGGAGCCGGCGCCGAUGGAGCAGAAGCCCUGAGAGAGGGAGGGGGGAACCUUCGCGCUUGCGCAGUCCCGACUCUGCUUGCCAACCACCACCCCCUCCCCUUGCGCGCUCGUGUGAGGGGGGCACAGCGGCGGCUCCCUUUCUGCUGCCAGCCCCUCAGCGCUCCCCCCUAUCUUUGACACCCACCCUUGUCCCCUUAUUCCUCUCUUUGUGCCCCUCGCCCAAGAAGAGGGCUCCUGGGUCUCAGCCAUGGCUCAGAUACUCCCUAUAAGAUUCCAGGAGCAUUUUCAGCUCCAAAAUCUUGGAAUUAAUCCAGCAAACAUUGGAUUCAGUACCUUAACAAUGGAAUCUGACAAAUUCAUAUGCAUCCGUGAAAAAGUUGGAGAGCAAGCACAGGUUGUGAUCAUAGACAUGAGUGAUCCGACAACUCCCAUCAGGCGUCCAAUCUCUGCAGAAAGUGCCAUCAUGAAUCCAGCGUCAAAAGUAAUUGCUCUAAAAGCAGGGAAAACACUUCAGAUCUUUAACAUUGAGAUGAAAAGUAAAAUGAAAGCUCACACAAUGGCAGAGGAAGUGAUCUUCUGGAAGUGGAUAUCUGUGAAUACCGUUGCCUUAGUGACAGAGACUGCAGUCUAUCACUGGAGCAUGGAGGGAGAAUCGCUCCCUCAAAAGAUGUUCGACAGACAUGCCAGUCUUGCAGGCUGCCAAAUAAUCAACUACAGAACAGAUGAAAAUCAGAAGUGGUUACUCCUAAUAGGAAUCUCUGCCCAGCAAAAUCGUGUGGUUGGUGCUAUGCAGCUGUAUUCAGUGGACAGAAAAGUUUCCCAACCUAUAGAGGGUCAUGCAGCAGCAUUCGCAGAGUUCAAAAUAGAAGGAAAUGCCAAGCCAUCCACUCUCUUCUGUUUUGCUGUGCGAAGCCCUGCAGGAGGCAAGCUGCAUAUAAUUGAAGUAGGCCAACCUGCUACUGGAAACCAGCCCUUUGUCAAGAAAGCUGUUGAUGUAUUUUUCCCUCCUGAAGCUCAAACAGACUUCCCAGUAGCAAUGCAGAUCGGAACAAAGCACGGUGUAAUCUAUCUAAUUACAAAAUAUGGCUACAUUCAUAUGUACGACUUGGAAUCUGGUGUAUGCAUCUACAUGAACCGUAUUAGUGCAGACACAAUCUUUGUAACUGCACCUCAUGAGCCUACCUCAGGAAUUAUUGGUGUGAACAAAAAAGGACAGGUACUUUCUGUUUGUGUUGAAGAGGACAACAUUGUGAACUAUGCCACCAAUGUUCUCCAGAACCCAGACUUGGGUUUGCGGAUGGCCAUUCGAAGUAACUUGGCUGGAGCAGAAGAACUCUUCGCUAGAAAAUUCAAUACUCUUUUUGCACAGGGAAACUAUGCAGAAGCAGCCAAAGUGGCAGCAUCUGCACCAAAGGGAAUCUUGCGGACAAGCGAUACCAUCAGGAAGUUUCAGAGCGUGCCAGCUCAACCUGGGCAAGCUUCUCCUUUGCUACAGUACUUUGGAAUCCUUCUUGAUCAAGGACAGCUUAACAAAUUUGAGUCUCUGGAACUCUGCCGUCCCGUUCUUCAGCAAGGCCGCAAACAACUUAUAGAGAAAUGGCUAAAGGAAGAUAAGCUGGAAUGCUCAGAGGAGCUUGGAGACCUAGUCAAGACAGCUGACCCAACUCUUGCCCUUAGUGUUUAUCUCCGUGCGAAUGUACCAAACAAAGUAAUCCAGUGUUUUGCAGAGACUGGUCAAUUCCAGAAAAUUGUUCUUUAUGCCAAAAAGGUUGGCUAUACACCAGAUUGGAUUUUCCUGUUGAGAAGUGUAAUGAGGGUCAGCCCAGAUCAGGGCCUUCAGUUUGCCCAGAUGUUGGUACAGGAUGAAGAGCCACUGGCCAACAUUAACCAGAUUGUAGAUGUAUUCAUGGAGAAUAGCUUAAUUCAGCAGUGUACCUCCUUCUUGUUGGAUGCUCUGAAAAAUAACCGUCCUGCUGAAGGGCACCUUCAGACCCGUCUGCUUGAGAUGAACCUUAUUCAUGCUCCACAGGUUGCGGAUGCCAUUCUGGGAAAUCAGAUGUUUACACACUACGAUCGUGCCCACAUUGCUCAGCUUUGUGAGAAGGCAGGCUUGUUACAGAGGGCCCUGGAACACUACACUGAUCUUUACGACAUAAAACGUGCUGUUGUUCACACCCAUCUAUUGAACCCAGAGUGGCUUGUGAACUUCUUUGGCUCUCUGUCAGUUGAAGAUUCUGUGGAGUGCUUACGUGCCAUGCUGUCAGCCAACAUCCGACAAAAUCUGCAGCUGUGUGUGCAAGUAGCUUCAAAAUACCACGAACAGUUGGGCACCCAGUCUCUUGUGGAGCUCUUUGAAUCUUUUAAAAGUUAUGAAGGCUUAUUUUAUUUUCUUGGCUCAAUUGUAAACUUCAGUCAAGACCCAGAUGUUCACUUCAAAUAUAUUCAGGCUGCCUGCAAGACCGGCCAAAUCAAAGAGGUAGAAAGAAUCUGCCGGGAAAGCAAUUGCUAUAAUCCUGAAAGGGUGAAAAACUUCUUGAAGGAAGCCAAGCUCACAGACCAGCUUCCACUCAUAAUUGUUUGUGAUAGAUUUGACUUUGUUCAUGAUUUAGUUCUGUAUCUGUAUCGGAACAACCUACAGAAAUACAUCGAGAUCUAUGUUCAAAAGGUAAACCCAAGCCGUAUUCCUGCAGUGGUUGGAGGGCUUCUGGAUGUGGAUUGUUCUGAAGAUGUCAUUAAGAAUUUGAUCAUGGUGGUAAGGGGCCAAUUCUCAACAGAUGAACUGGUGGCUGAAGUAGAGAAAAGAAAUAGGCUUAAGUUGCUGCUCCCAUGGCUUGAGUCGCGAAUUCAUGAAGGCUGCGAAGAACCCGCCACACACAAUGCACUGGCCAAAAUCUACAUUGACAGCAACAAUAACCCAGAGCGCUUCCUGCGUGAGAAUCCCUUCUAUGACAGCUGUGUUGUAGGCAAAUACUGCGAGAAGAGGGACCCCCACUUGGCCUGUGUUGCUUAUGAGAGGGGACAGUGUGACCUUGAGCUCAUAAAGGUUUGCAAUGAGAACUCCUUGUUCAAGAGCGAAGCACGAUAUCUGGUGCGCAGAAAAGAUCCAGAGCUGUGGGUAAAUGUUUUAGAAGAAAACAAUCCGUUCAGAAGACCACUCAUUGAUCAGGUUGUCCAAACAGCCUUAUCAGAGACCCAGGAUCCUGAGGAAGUUUCUGUGACCGUCAAAGCUUUCAUGACUGCGGACCUGCCCAAUGAGCUCAUUGAAUUGCUUGAGAAGAUUGUUUUGGAUAACUCUGUCUUCAGUGAGCACAGGAACCUCCAGAAUCUGCUGAUCUUGACAGCCAUUAAAGCAGAUCGUACACGUGUGAUGGAAUACAUCAAUCGUCUGGACAACUACGAUGCCCCUGAUAUUGCAAACAUUGCAAUUAGCAAUGAGCUGUUUGAAGAAGCUUUUGCUAUCUUCAGGAAAUUUGAUGUGAAUACGUCUGCAAUUCAGGUGUUGAUUGAGCACAUUGGCAAUCUAGACCGUGCAUAUGAAUUUGCGGAGAGAUGUAAUGAACCAGCUGUUUGGAGCCAGCUGGCCAGAGCACAGCUUCAGAAGGACUUGGUUAAGGAAGCUAUAGAUUCUUACAUCAAAGCCGAUGAUCCUUCUGCCUACAUGGAAGUUGUCCAGGCAGCCAACAGAAACAAUAACUGGGAGGAUCUGGUGAAAUUCCUGCAAAUGGCUAGAAAGAAAGCCAGAGAAUCUUACGUUGAGACUGAACUUAUUUUUGCCUUGGCAAAAACAAAUAGGCUCUCGGAGCUAGAAGAAUUUGUCAGUGGCCCCAACAAUGCUCACAUACAACAGGUUGGAGAUCGCUGCUAUGAUGAGGGAAUGUAUGAUGCAGCAAAGCUUCUCUACAACAAUGUGUCUAAUUUUGCCCGCUUGGCAUCAACGCUAGUGCAUCUUGGGGAGUACCAAGCAGCAGUGGAUAGUGCCCGCAAAGCAAACAGCACCAGAACGUGGAAAGAGGUGUGCUUUGCCUGUGUAGAUGGAAAGGAGUUCCGGCUUGCACAGAUCUGUGGCUUGCACAUAGUAAUCCACGCUGACGAGCUGGAAGAGCUGAUUAGCUAUUACCAGGACCGUGGUUACUUUGAAGAGUUGAUUGCCCUCCUAGAAGCAGCUCUGGGCUUGGAGCGUGCUCACAUGGGGAUGUUCACUGAACUUGCCAUUUUGUACUCUAAAUACAAACCACAGAAGAUGAGAGAACAUCUGGAACUGUUCUGGUCCAGAGUCAAUAUUCCAAAGGUGCUUCGGGCUGCAGAACAAGCGCACCUCUGGGGAGAGCUGGUCUUCCUUUACGACAAGUAUGAAGAAUACGACAAUGCAAUAAUUACAAUGAUGAACCAUCCUACAGAUGCAUGGAAGGAAGGACAGUUCAAAGAUAUAAUUGCAAAGGUGGCCAACGUGGAGCUAUAUUACAAAGCUCUGCAGUUUUACUUGGAUUAUAAACCAUUGUUGAUCAAUGAUCUCCUGCUGGUAUUGUCUCCACGGCUAGAUCACACCAGGACAGUCAGCUUUUUCUCCAAGGUUGACCAAUUGCCCCUAGUAAAACCUUACUUGCGUUCAGUCCAGAACCACAAUAACAAAGGCGUUAAUGAGGCCCUGAACAAUCUUCUAACAGAGGAGGAAGACUAUCAGGGCUUGAGAGCAUCCAUCGAUGCUUAUGAUAACUUUGACAACAUCACUCUAGCUCAGCGUUUGGAGAAGCACGAGCUGAUUGAAUUCAGGCGUAUUGCAGCUUAUUUGUAUAAAGGCAAUAAUAGAUGGAAACAGAGUGUGGAGCUCUGCAAGAAGGAUCGUCUUUAUAAGGAUGCCAUGCAAUAUGCUGCAGAGUCCAAAGAUCCUGAGCUGGCAGAGAAACUGCUGCAGUGGUUUUUGGAAGAAGACAAAAAGGAGUGCUUUGCAGCUUCUCUCUUCACCUGUUAUGACUUGUUGCAUCCAGAUGUGGUUCUUGAGCUGGCAUGGAGGCACAACAUUAUGGACUUUGCGAUGCCUUAUUUCAUCCAGGUGAUGAGGGAGUACCUUACCAAAGUUGAUGGGCUGUUUAAUAAGGUGGAUAAACUUGAUGCUUCUGAAAGCCUAAGAAAAGAAGAGGAACAAGUAACUGAACCCACACCAAUAGUAUUUGGCCAGCAGCUGAUGUUAACAGCAGGCCCCAACGCAGUACCUCCACAAGCCAACUUCCCAUAUGGAUACACAGCACCGGGAUUCACCCAGCCACCUGUUUAUGGUUUCAAUAUGUAACUUGUGCUCUGAUGGACCUGUUAAUGGUCUUGGGUCUUUUCUUCCCGUCCCUUUUUACUUUUUUUUUUGUCCAAGAAGGCACAGAUGACUCCCAGUAUUCUCGCUGAAUGUGGUCCCAAUGGGUUAAGAGACAUCAAAAGGACACUCUUAUUUAUUGCUAUGUCCUGUUACAUUUCAAUGUGGAAAGGCAGCUUUUUCCCUUUCCCUUGUCACUGACAUUGCAAGGCUCUGGCUGAGGUGGGUACUGCCACUAAACUAACAAUGCUGCAAUAACUUCUUGGGGCCAGGGAGAGGGAGGGGCAGGGAGCCUGUCUCUUCUGUUUCACUGCAGAACCCUUUUGCCAACCAUGUCCAUGCUGGGGCUUACUCUGGCAUCAAGCUGUUAGUACUCUAAAAUACUAGAUUAUGCUACCUGGUAGCAGGAAAUCAAGUUCAGAAUCCUUUAUUGGUGGGAGGCAUUUAAAAAACUCUUUGAUUCCACCCUGCGCAUACUUGUAUGUAGCCCUGGGCAAAUAGGAAAGAGUUAGAAGUGUAUUGGUAGGGGUGGGAGCAGAGUACAAAAGUCUACUUGGCAGAGUAUUGUGGGGAGGGGAUACAGAAAAGUAUCUAAGCCUUCUGGAAUAGUUUGAAGCUCUUUGAUUGGAGAAUAAAUUGGAUCAUAUCACAGAGCAGACAUUUCCCAGGUCUUUUUUCUUUCCCCUUUUAGCAUAAAGGGCGAGCAUGAUACUCAUUGGCAUUAAGUGGUACACCCUCCAAUGUGUUUGGGAAGCGAAUGUCUUCAGAGGUGUGUGCCUGGGCAGCUAAGGUUGUGGAAGUGUAUGGAGCAAAGAGACCGAGGUUAGGCAAAGAGCACUGUCAAACCUUGAAAGCAAAGGGAGGUGCUGUUGCUUCUGCUUCAGAACCCGAAAGCUAAUCCUAAAAACAAGGAUCUGGACUGUCAGAGCUUCUGUGCGGUGAGUGGUGUGCCCAGCCACAUGCACGCACCCCUCUUACACUAGAGAAUGCCAACUGAGAUGUACUACUUUGUGCCACUCUUCAGAGAUACAUCAUUAACAUUUUAUGUACUUAGAUAACGAUGUAUAAUUUAUGGCUAUGAAUCUUGUGCUAAUCAUGAAUACUACGAAAGUCCAAUUAUAAAACGUUAAUCAAA